AUGGCGCUAGAUGGUGUACCGGCAAAAAUCAUCGCCAUGAUCAAGGCCUACUAUCGCUCCACUACUGCGAGAGUCCUGGUCCGUAACAAUCUUUCCCAACCGUUCGGUAUUCGGUCUGGCGUCCGACGGGGUUGUAUCCUGUCACCCAUACUGUUCAACGACGCUAUUGACUGGAUCCUCGGGAGGGCCCUACGCGACAGUGACGGCGUUGAAUUUGCACCCGGACAUCGACUGACUGAUCUCGACUAUGCCGAUGAUAUCGCCUUACUUGCUUCAAGUUUUGGUGAUCUGCAGUCUAUGGUGUCACGGGUGAACGAGGUCGCUAAAUCAGUCGGUUUGUCCAUAAACGCUGGGAAGACCAAAGUAUUCUCAAGCUGCAUCCCUGACCAGGAGAAGGCACCCCUGUGGAUUGAUGGCUGA